AUGCGGGAUGGAUUUAAUAAGGUGAUUGUUAAUAUGGCUUUAAAGUUGAUAGAAGUGGUAGCCUUUUGCACACCAGGAAAGGUAGGAGGAGAAACAGCAUUACUCAACAUAGAACUUAGCUAUAAAGAGGCAUGGAAAACGGUUGUUCAAGCAUAUUUCGGCGAGCAAGAAACAGAAAGCAACAUGAAAACCAUUCUCUUUCUCGUGGUUCUUAUCGGAAUUGCGACCGUAGAAAACAGCAAAGCGUCGAAGAAUGAAAUGAAAAAAGAUGUUUCGUUUGCUGCAGGAAUGCAAUUCGAACGAAUAGUUGAAGAAGAGGUUUCAAAACGACUCGGUCAGUUGCAAUGGCCGUCAUCUUCCUCAAAUGGCGUUCUUGUUUUCGUAGGUGAUACAGUGCAGUUUGUAAGUGACAUUGUCCCAGACAACUUUAAUUAUACUACUGUCCGACUUGUGGCUGAUAUUUUAAGGAAUAUUGAUAUCUAUAAUUUGACAACGUGUAUCCUCAAUGAGCUUGGAAGUGAUUUGGAGAAAUGCUUAAGGGAACUUGAAGUACUUGGCUUGAACGUUAGUUACAUUGCAAGGGAAAUUAAUAAAUUACUUUCUGGACCGGAUGCUCGUGAGGAAAGUUGCUCCUCAUGUGGUGGUGGCCAAACUCCAGGGUUUACUCCGUCAGCUAAUAUGGAUUACUGCAACCUUAUCGGUAACCUUACGGAUAAUUUAGAGUGCAUCCUCCACGAGCUUGGUAAACUCAAAUGUCAACAAUAUCUGAGCGAACAAUAUAAGCCAUUAGUGGAUUGCGUUGGACAAUUCAUCGGAAGUCUUCCUAAAGACGAAACAAACCAAACUAGAUGUCUGAUGAUUUUCGAUGAGGCUACCAACAUUUUAACAAAUAUUGGAGGUGGGAUACGAGGUAAAAACUGCAAGGUCGGAAUUUAA